UAUAUAUCCCGCAGGCAACCCAAUGUCCCUUACCUUGAACCCACGCUUCCCACUUCUACCCUCUAUCUCUAUGGCUCCACGCCUCCUCCUCCUCCCCUUCCUCCUCCUCUUCCUCCUCUCCUCCAUUACCACCGCCUCCUCUCCCAACAAAAAGAAGCUCAAAGAAAAGCUCAGCCACCUCCACUUCUACUUCCACGAUGUCGUCGGCGGCCGCAACGCCACCGCCGUGCCAGUCACCAAACCUGCCGGCGUCGGCCAGCCCUUUUCGGCCUUCGGAGUUAUAACCAUAAUGGACGAUCUUCUCACCGAAGGCCCCGACCCGAAGUCGGAGCAAGUGGGCCGGGCCCAGGGCAUGUACACCGGGGCGGCCCAGGAGGAGUUGGGCUUCCUCAUGGCCAUGAACCUAGCCUUCACCGCGGGCAAGUACAACGGCAGCGUCCUCUCCGUACUGGGCCGCAACCCGCCGCUCCACCCGGUGAGAGAGAUGCCCAUCGUCGGCGGCAGCGGGCUCUUCCGCUUCGCGAGGGGGUAUGCCCUGGCGCGGACCAUUUGGUUUAAUUUCACCACCGGUGACGCCAUCGUGGAGUAUGAUGUCCAUGUCAUGCAUUAUUGAAGAGGGGUCUGAAGAGGGAGAGUAAAGUUAUCAAAUUUCAGUAAUUUAAUUCAUUUUGGAUGACUUUAAUUAUGAUAUUUAAUUUCAUAUAAUAAUUGUAUAAGAAUAUCAUAAAGCCAAGCUAUAUUAGAAUGAACUUAAGAGCCCUUAAUUUA